CAAACGUCAAAGUUGCAGCAAACAAAGCGCGUUUGUUUUGCUCCGGUGCAACGCGAAUCCGUUCCAAAAUUCCCAUUCCAAGUCGAUUAUUCAACUUGAUAAUAUUAUUAUAAGUGAUACAUUGCCAGUUCGCUGCCUCUUUAUGGAAGACCAGAGCGGUUGCUUCGAGCAGGUGCUGCAAGAUUUCCACAAAAACGAAAACCACAUCCGGCUGAUCAGCCAAGAGCCGGAACGCCUCGACGAUGAGGGGUUCGUGCAAAUUUGUCUUUCGUGCGAAAGCGUUGGGAUUGGCGAGCUUCCGAGUGCGUUGCAACCGUUGAUGGAACGCCUGUUGGCCACUAGUGAUGGCGCAAGUGACGGCCAGAUGCUUCCGGACGUGAUGGAAGAGAGGGGCUCGAUUUUGAAGGAGACUGUUGCGGAAAUCCUGGAUCGGAUCGACGAAUUCAAUACUCUGGACCAGUACAUAUGGCUGGUGAAGUUUUCCUGUGGAUUGUGCUUAUUGAAAAAUCUUCCCAUUGGGAUGAGCUUCGAGAUUAACAAAGUGAUUCGUUCCGUCGCCGGUUUGGAUACGGAACAGUACGAGUUUUGUCCAGUUACGAUUCACACCAUCAGCAAGAGCUUAUUCGAGGAUAUCCCCCUGAAAGGCAUGAAUCUGGUUCACGUGAUCAAGAAACUGACCGUUCUAAACCAGAAGCUCUUCUACUACGUUUCGAUCACGUUGGUAUUCGCCGGGAUCCGUCACUAUAGCGCACCAGCCGAAUCAAUUGCCAUGUACCGGCUGUUCGGGUUCGACGAUGUCCUCUCGCAGCUCGGCGCACUCAAACUGGACUGCAUCAAACAGAAACGGGACAUGCGGGCGUUUUUCCUGAUUCUGAAGUUGCUGUCGUCGUACCAAAAUGCUGCCAUCUUGCGGCACAGUCUCUGCAGCUGGGAGGACCUUCAGGAGCAGCAUAAAGGUUUUGCCGAGUUUUUCCGGAUCACCGUCGAGCAGAAGAAGGCGUUCAUCCAGUGGUUGGUUAAGGCGCGGAACAUCGUUUCCAACGUGAACUCGCAGUCCGGAAUGCAGGACAUAGGACUGAAGGAAGAUUUGAUGCUGGUGACGGAAUUGAUCGAUCUUGACAUGAUAGCCCUCAUGGAGGACGAUAUCGAAGAAGAAUCUCACUAAAUGUAGGUGCAUUUAAUAGUUGGUAUAGUUAGUAUUAUUUUAUCGCCACAUGACGUGCAUUUUCCAAAAGCAGAAAAUUGUGAUAACCAAAUUGAGUUGGCGUCGGUGCUGCUCAAUUCCGAUAGAAUAGUUAUUAUUUUGAUUAGAAAGACAAAGUAAGCUCGACUCAAAUAUAGCAAAAUGAUGUUUCGCUAA